AUGUCAGAUCAACCCUCAGAAUCGAAUACUGGUGGUAAUAACCCUGGAAGCAAUCGACAACAGUUCUAUUGUCAUUCAUGUCAUAGAGCUAUAGAGCCUCUGAGAGCUCCAGAACUUACUUGCCCCCACUGCAAUGAUGGGUUCGUGGAAGAGAUUGGAGAAAACGAUCCAAGGGAUUUUGAACAUGGUAUGAGUCACGAGACGGACGAAGAAUAUGACGAUAAUAUGACUUUUACAGCAACAGGAAAUCCACCAAAUGGAAAUGAAGUCGUACAACUUAUUCAGAAUAUGCUCCAAUCAUUUCUUCAAGCUGGAGGACAUAAUAAUGUUCGAGUACUGCAGACGGAAACCACAAUGGGUGGCGGUAGCGCAGAUAUCGGCGACGGUCGAGCUCCUCUUCAAGGUUUUGCGCAAAUAUUCGCAAGAGCAUUAGACGGUCAAAACAAUGCGGCAAAUAUUUUUAACUUAUUUAACUUAAACGGAGAUCCCAGAGAUUAUGCUUGGGGUUCUACAGGAUUUGAUAAUAUUAUUUCGCAAUUGAUGGAACAGCAAGCUGGAAGGCAAGCACCACCACCCGCAACUGAAGAAAUCAUUAACAAUAUACCAAAGACGAAGAUUACAAAAAAGCAAGUCGCCGAAGAGCAAUUGGGGUGUCCUGUUUGCAAAGAUGAAUUUAUAGUAGAUGAAGAGGUGUUAAUUUUGCCUUGCACCCAUUCUUUUCAUAAGGAUUGCAUAACGCAAUGGUUAAAAGUUAAUGGAACUUGCCCAGAAAACAAUCAACAAAAUGAUCAAAAUCGCAACAAUGGUGCCGGAUCAUCGAGUAACAAUCAAAACAACGGACCAUCUACAUCGGCAUUUCGAUUCACAUCCAGUUCUUCACUUCCUGGAGCAUACCCUGGAAGUCAAUCAAACAAUGGCCAACAAAAUCGACAGCAGGAUCGUGAUAAUCAUGAUUCAAUGGAUUUAGAUUCCGAACCUUUGGAUUAA